GGAAGCAGCUCUGGGGGAGCUCGGAGCUCCCGAGCACGGCUUCUCGGGGUAGCUACGGCUGGGUGGGGAGCACCAGGCUGGGUCCCCUAGUGGAGACCCAAGAGCUACUGGCAGGUGCGUCAGUGACCCAGACUCCGCAGCUUCCUGCCAGCUGGGUCUGGCUCGUGUCUUCUCCAGCUCCAGAGCCGGCUCCCAGGGAGAAGUCGGUGGAACUUCGGAAACACUUGGCAAGUCUGCCUUCCCACCAAUGUCCCUGUCCCUGGGAGCCGAGAUGUGGGCGCCUGAGGCCUGGCUGCUGCUGCUGUUCCUGGCAUCGUUCACAGGCCGGUGCCCCGCGGGUGAGCUGGAGACCUCGGACUCUGUGACCGUGGUGCUGGGCCAGGAUGCAAAGCUGCCCUGUUUCUACCGAGGGGACCCCGACGAGCAGGUGGGACAGGUGGCCUGGGCUCGGGUGGACGCGGCCGAGGGCCCUCAGGAGCUGGCGCUACUGCACUCCAAAUAUGGGCUCCACGUGAGCUCUGCCUACGAGGGUCGCGUGGAACAGCCGCCGCCUCCGAGGAACCCCCUUGACGGCUCGGUGCUCCUGCGCAACGCCGUGCAGGCCGACGAGGGGGAGUACGAGUGCCGCGUCAGCACCUUCCCCGCCGGCAGCUUCCAGUCGCGGGUCGGGCUUCGGCUUUUAAUGCCUCCCCUGCCCUCACUGAAUCCCGGUCCAGCGCUAGAAGAGGGCCAAGGCCUGACGCUGGCAGCCUCCUGCACGGCCGAGGGCAGCCCAGCCCCCAGCGUGACCUGGGACACCGAGGUCAAAGGCACAGUGUCCAGCCGCUCCUUCAAGCACUCCCGCUCUGCCGCUGUCACUUCAGAAUUCCACCUGGUGCCCAGCCGCAGCAUGAACGGGCAGCCACUAACCUGUGUGGUGUCCCACCCUGGCCUGCUCCAGGACCAGAGAAUCACCCACAACCUCCAAGUGUCCUUCCUUGCCGAGGCCUCUGUGAGGGGCCUGGAAGACCAAAAGCUGUGGCAAGUUGGCAAAGAAGGAGCUGUGCUCACGUGCCUGAGUGAAGGGCAGCCCCCUCCCUCCUACAACUGGACACGGCUGGACGGACCUCUGCCCAGUGGGGUACAUGCAGAAGGGGGCACUCUGGGCUUUCCCCCACUGACCACGGAGCACAGCGGCACCUACAUCUGCCAUGUCAGCAAUGAGUUCUCCUCGAGGGACUCUCAGGUCACUGUGCAUGUCCUUGACCCGCAGGAGGCGUCCGGGAAGCAGGUGGACCUGGUGUCGGCCUCGGUGGUGGUGGUGGGCGUGAUCGCGGCGCUCCUGCUCUGCCUGCUGGUGCUCGUGGUGGUGCUCAUGUCCCGGUACCACCGGCGCAAGGCCCAGCAGAUGACCCAGAAAUACGAGGAGGAGCUGACCCUGACCAGGGAGAACUCCAUCCGGAGGCUGCAUUCCCACCACACAGACCCCAGGAGCCAGCCGGAGGAGAGUGUAGGGCUGAGAGCCGAGGGCCACCCUGAUAGUCUCAAGGACAACAGUAGCUGCUCUGUGAUGAGCGAAGAGCCAGAGGGCCGCAGUUACUCCACGCUGACCACUGUGAGGGAGAUCGAGACACAGACUGAACUGCUGUCCCCAGGCUCUGGGCGGGCAGUGGUGGAGGAGGACCCUGACGAAGGCAUCAAGCAGGCCAUGAACCACUUUGUUCAGGAGAACGGGACCCUGCGGGCUAAGCCCACGGGCAAUGGCAUCUACAUCAACGGGCGGGGACACCUGGUCUGACCCAGGCUGGCCUCCCUCCCCCAGGCCUGGCUCCUGCUGCUGACGUCGGGGGAUCCCCGCUCUUCUCUGGGGCCUCCUUAAACGCCCCUAUUUCUUGAGGAAGAUGCUUCCCACCCCGCUGACUACUCCACCUUUCCCUCCAAUUCUUCCAUGUGUCGCGUCGGGAAGGCUCCACGGUGGAGUUCCUCUCACCACGUGUGCAGGUCACUGUGUGUGUGUGUGUGUGUGUGUGUGUGUGUGCAUGCGCACUCGUGCCGCAUGGGUGUUCUUCGACUGUGUGUGCAUGGAAAAGCAGUGAGAGUACAAGUGAACCGUGCUGUGUGUGUGUGUGCAGGAUGGCUGCGUGGACGAGGUCAUCAAGGUUUGGUGUGUGUCGUGUGGCCGUGUGACCUGUCUGUAAGUGCAGGCAUUUUUCCUGAGACCCCAGAGCAGUAUUAAUGACACAGAGGUUGGAGGGCCAGAGGUGGAGAGACUGUGGCCAGAGCCAGGUGUGCGGGCAUGGCUGGAGCUGGAAUCUGGCCUCCGAAGAGGGGGAGCCGGGCUCCCACCACUUAGGAGCCUUCGGGGCAAGUGUGAAGCAGCCUGCCAGGUUGCCAGAGGCUGGAACUGUUACAGAAGAAACUCUCCCCCCUCUGGUGGCCUGGGCCUGCCGCGUGUACAUAAAUGUGUAAAUGAACCUGCACGGGGAGCUUUUCUGGAACACUGCUCCAAAUUCUUUAAGGAGAGAAAACACUUUUUGAAAGCUUCCCCUUUGUCUGGAUGCUUAUUGCUGGAAUGGCGUAAAGCGAGCCCAGCCUAGGUGGGGAUUCCGCACAGCUACUCCUGGCUCAGGCCCCCACAGAGGGUGAAUCCUGCAGUUCAGAAAGGUGCUCUUCGGAUUUUGUCUUCAUCUUAGCGGCCCUUAGCGAGGGAGCCUGGUGGUUCCUGACUAAGAGAGGACGGGGAAGGCCUCCACCCUAGUGGAUUCUCAACGUUUCCCGUAGCCUGGUCUCAUGUUAGUCGUGUCCCCAGUUGUUUGUGGUCCCUUGGGGAGUUGCGGGGACUUGGUGAUGAAGACUCCUGGUUCGAUUGUGGUGUAGGGGAGAGAGGUAGUGACUAUAGACAAGAGCGGGUGGGCUGAGGGAGGUGCUGGCAGCGGGUGUCUCCUUUCCCCCAGGGGUUUCUAGGCCACUCAUUCAGGACUCUUCCAGCAGUGUCUCUUGGUGGGGACUGGGAUUAGAUGAGGCGUACUGCAUUUAGCCCAUCCAUGCUCACGCAGCCAGAAUACCUAGAUUUAGAGCCCAAGCCCCGUUAGCCUAAAAUCUGCUGGAUUUUGGGACUGAAGGAGAGGCUCCCAUCUCUUCUCCAGCCAGCCAGGA